AAGCACAACUUUGAAAGUUUAUGCAGCCGCUGUGCAGGACGUCCUAAAGUGGGGGUGAAGGGGGGCGAAAUCUGCAGAGGAGCAAAGGCAUCGCAAGCUGACGGACUGAAAGCAGCAAUCGCUCCGAACCAAACUUAAGAGAAUAUUGCCCUGCGAAAAUGGGCUUUCCGACGAUACCUAGGUGUCAUCGGGUUAUUUUAAGAGUGUUUUUGUUUCAGUUUAUCGCUUUUCAGGCGACAAAUGCUCGCCCGUCUCCUAUAAUCAGGUUUCCCGGAGACGAUACCCCGAGAACAGACAAAGAAGUUGCUCUGCACUAUCUGAAUAAGUUUUAUGGAUGCCCACAAGACAGAUGCAACCUUAUGGUGCUCAAAGACACUUUGAAGAAAAUGCAGAAGUUCUUCUCCUUGCAAGAAACUGGAGAAAUAGAUGCCAAGACGGUGGAGAUCAUGAAAAAACCUCGCUGUGGUGUCCCAGAUGUGGCCAAUUACAACUUCUUCCAUAGGAGACCCAAGUGGCAGAAGAAGGAGAUUACUUACAGAAUCCUGGGCUACACUCCUGACCUGGACGAGGAAGUCAUAAAUGAUGCUUUCUACAGAGCCUUUAAAGUGUGGAGUGAUGUCACACCCCUUUCUUUUACUCGCAUCAUGGAUGGAGAAGCUGACAUCAUGGUUAAUUUUGGCCGCAAUGAACAUGGAGAUGGUUAUCCUUUUGAUGGAAAAGAUGGUCUCUUGGCUCAUGCCUUUGCCCCAGGACCAGGAAUUGGGGGUGAUUCCCAUUUUGAUGAUGAUGAGCAGUGGACCUUAGGAGAGGGCCAAGUGGUGAAAGUGAAGUUUGGCAAUGCUGAUGGAGAGUUCUGCAAAUUCCCCUUCCUGUUCAUGGGGACAGAGUACAACAGCUGCACAUCUCAGGGUCGAGAUGAUGGAUUCCUGUGGUGCUCCACCACCUACAACUUUGAUGAAGAGGGCAAAUAUGGCUUCUGCCCUCAUGAGUUACUUUUCACCCUUGGUGGUAACGCAGAGGGCGCACCUUGUAAAUUCCCCUUCAGCUUUCAGGGAGAAAGCUACGACAGCUGCACCACUCAGGGCAGGGAUGAUGGAUACCGCUGGUGUGCCACCACUGAGGACUAUGACCGUGACAAAUCCUAUGGCUUCUGCCCUGAAACUGCAAUGUCAACAGUGGGAGGAAAUGCAGAGGGAAGCCCCUGUGUCUUUCCUUUCACCUUUCUUGGAGACAGCUAUGACUCCUGCACUUCUUCUGGACGCAGUGAUGGGAAAAUGUGGUGUGCUACCACUAAGAACUAUGACGAUGACCGGAAAUGGGGUUUCUGUCCUGACCAAGGGUAUAGCUUGUUCCUGGUGGCAGCCCAUGAGUUUGGUCACGCCCUUGGUCUGGAGCAUUCUCAGGACCCAGGAGCUCUGAUGGCUCCUGUCUAUACUUUUACCAAAGACUUCAGACUUUCUCACGAUGAUAUCCAAGGCAUCCAAGAGCUCUAUGGUGUGCCAACCGACAAGCCUUUGCCUCCAACUCAGGGUCCUGUCACUCCAAUGGACCUUUGCAAAGAUCCAGUUAUCUUUGAUGCUGUUGCACAAAUCAGAGGAGAGACGUUUUUCUUCAAAGACAGGUUCCUGUUCAGGUCAGUGAACUUCAGGAGCAAACCCAGUGGCCCUAUGCUGGUGGCCACCUACUGGCCUGACCUCCCUGCGAAGAUAGACGCUGCCUAUGAAAACCCAGUGGAGGAGAAAACAGUCUUCUUCUCAGGUGACGAAAUGUGGGUUUACAAAGCUGAUGAGCUGGAAAGAGGUUACCCGAAGAGGCUCUCCAGCCUUGGCCUCCCUUCAGAUGUGCAGCAAAUCGACGCUGCCUUCAACUUCAGGAAGAACAGGAAGACUUACUUAUUUUCUGCAGACAAAUUCUGGAGAUACGAUGAAAGUAGUAAGGCAAUGGACCCUGGCUUCCCCAAGCUUAUUGCUGAAUCUUGGAAUGGCAUUCCUGAUGACAUUGACUCUGCUUUCAGUCUGAACGGCAUUGAUUACAGCUACUUCUUCAAAGGAAGUCACUAUUUCAAACUUGAAGACAGCAGUUUGAAGAUCGUCAAGUUGGGAGAAAUCACAAAGGACUGGCUUGGUUGCUGAACAUCUACCAAAAUGUUUCACAGCAGGUGAUGAUGGUCUUAUGAGGUCAUCAGUGUUAAUCACACACAACUUGAGGUUGUUGCAGUGCACACUGUUACAAGUUUUUAUCCUUGGCCACUCUGCAAGCUUCUAUGGGACACAUGUACCUCCAGCCUGUAUAACCGAUCUCAGCUGGUUGAAUGGCAUUUCAAGGCCUUUUACACAGGCUAACUGUAUGCAACUGGUAAAUUGCUUUAUUUCUGUGUGAUUUUUCCAAUUGUAUGACUGAUGCACAUUUAAAAAAAAUAAAAAGCCCCCCCCCCCCUUUUUUUUUUUUUUUUGAGGAAGACCGACAUCAGGUAUGUCUACAUUGCAUUGCCAAGAGAUAUUGGCUAUUUUUACUAGUUUUGAUUCUACGUUUCUACAUGUUUUACACCAUAUGAAUAGAUACUGGCCAGGGAUUAUUUCUAUAUCCAGUGUAAAAAGCACAGCUUUACAUAAAUGUAUUAAUUUUCUCCAUGUGCAAAAAAUGUACACGCACAAUGUGACCGAGAAUGGUGCUUUCAGAAUUUGCUUCUUACAUUUAGUCUUGCAUAUAUAGUGAAUAUUUUACACAUAGUUAUUUUGUGUGAUGGAAGUACUCAGUACAAUCUGGAUGUUAGAAAGUAGCAUUCAAAGGCUUGUUAUUCUUUGUAUGGUUAGCACUUUGUAUAUUGCAUACAGGGGAACUGCACAAAAGAGAGAUCUUGUUGGGAUCUCUCUGUUGCAGUUCUCUUAUGGUGCAGACAGAUUUAUUUGGUAGAAAAGGCACAGGUUGCCUCUAGACGCUAUAUAGGUUUGCGCCAUGAUGGAACAAUAACACAAACAUUGCAAUAGUUUUGUCAACUUGUAUUUUUAUAUUAAGAUUCUUUGUUAGGUUUUAACAACAUAGUCAUUAUAUCUUGUUUUUUUUCUAAAGCUUGUGCACUUUGUCACUGUCAUCAAUAAAUGUGGUUAUUUUAA